UGUUCAAGCAGUUCACAAAUCUUUUAUACCUCUGUGUCAGACCGCACUCCAGGAGAUACAGUAUAUAAAACUCUGCUGAACUUGCCGAUCUUGUUUCAGUUGUUUUGCACACUGACAAUGGCCAGAAAACAUAUCAUGCUGUGGAUCUUCACUCUCUGUGUUUCACCUGAUCCCUCAGUUGGUCACAUUCGUGAUAUAUAUGGCAAAAAGGUUUAUGAAGUGGUUCGACCAAUCAGAUUACACGAACUGCACAAAAGAGAUUUAGAGUCAAGACCAGACACACUAAAGUAUGCUAUAGGACUGGGUGGUAGAAAUAUCCAAAUGCACCUCCAGAGAAAUGAUGGUAUACUGACCAAAGAUUAUAGCGAGGCCCACUACACUGAAGAUGGGACACUGGUCACAACCACACCUAAGGAUCUGGAUUUAUGUUACUAUCAUGGGAAAAUAGUGAAUGACAGUGACUCGUCAGUUAGCAUGAGCACCUGUGAUGGACUACGAGGCUAUUUCCAGACAGAUGAGCAGAGGUAUUUGAUUGAGCCGUUGUCUGAGAAUGAUGAUGGUGACCAUGCUGUCUUUAAGUAUGAAGCUAUAAAUGAAGACAGGCCUAUGGUGUGUGGAGUAACCAAUACUAGUUGGGAUGAUACUGGAGAUGGCUUUCCUCCACGCAUCAGCAAAUCUCGUUCUCGUUCCUCAGGACCAACUUUGUUUCAGCAACAAAAAUACAUUGAGUUCUUCCUGGUGGCAGACAACAGAGAAUACAAGAAAAUGGACAGUGAUCUUGUCAAGCUGAGAAAGAGGAUAUUUGAAAUCAUUAAUUUCAUCAAUAAUGUCUACAAAGAAAUCAACACCUUUGUUGCUCUGUCUGGGUUUGAAGCGUGGACUGACAGCGAUAAGAUAACAGUGUCCCCUGUUGCUGGAGCAACCUUGGGCAGCUUUAGCAAUUGGAGAAACAGCGAUCUCAUUAAAAGACAUCGCCAUGACAAUGCCCAGCUCCUCAGUGCAAUUGAAUUUGAUGGAGCAACUGUUGGCCUUGCUCACACUGGAACGCAGUGUGAAGGUCUUUCAACAGGGAUUGUGCAGGAUCACAACUCUGAAGCCAUAGCAGUGGGGGCCACAAUGGCCCAUGAAAUGGGGCACAAUCUAGGCAUGAGCCAUGACGGCAGCACCUGCACUUGUUUUGAAAGCACUUGCAUUAUGACUGCUGCUCUCAGCUAUCACAUCCCUCGGCACUUCAGCAGCUGCAGUACUGCACAGUACGAGGAGUUCCUGAACACCAAAAAUCCAGGAUGUCUUCUAAACAUGCCAAAACCAAAAGACUUGAUUCAGCCUGCUCUGUGUGGAAAUAGGUUUGUGGAGACAGGAGAGGAAUGUGAUUGUGGAACAGUGCAGGAGUGUACAAACCCAUGCUGCAAUGCAAUCACCUGCAAACUGACAAAGGGCUCACAAUGUGCAACAGGGGAGUGUUGUGAGAAGUGUAAGAUCAUGUCAAACUCACAUGUGUGUCGUCCAAAAAACAAUGAGUGUGAUCUGCAUGAGUACUGCACCGGAAAAUCAGCCGAGUGUCCCGAGGACGUCUUUACAGUCAAUGGCCUUCCUUGCAAAAAUGGAAAAGGCUAUUGCUACAAUGGCCAGUGCCCAAUGAAAGAGGACCAGUGCAUUAAAAUGUGGGGUCCAACUGCCGAUGUGGGUAAAGACAACUGUUACAACUAUAACACAAAAGGAGAGUACUACGCCUUCUGCAAGCGCACCCCCGAUAAAUAUAUCCCAUGUCAGAAUCAAGAUGUGAAUUGUGGAAAACUGUUCUGUGAUAAAGGCAAUGGGGAUCCUAAUUAUGGACGGCUGGUACAUGUAGGUUCUAGCAACUGUAGAGCCACAUUCUACAAUAACCCUGAAGAGGAUUAUGGCCAAGUGGAUACUGGCACCAAAUGUGGGGAAGGAACGGUUUGUAGCCAGAAUGAAUGUGUUGAUCUAGAGACAGCUUUCAAAGCAACCAACUGCUCAGCCAAGUGCAAAGGACAUGGGGUUUGUGACCACAGACUGCAGUGCAGAUGUGAGCCUGGAUGGCUGCCACCAGACUGUGAAACACCAGCUGAUAAUGGCUCUUCUUCAGUUAUUGCAGUGGUCGUCUGUGUCCUGGUUGUGAUAGCUCUAAUUGCACUGGGAAUCUUCCUGUACAAACACAGAAAAAGGGGACCAUGUUCAUACAGUAGCAGUCCAAGCCAGGGGAAAUUUCAUGUUGUCAACAUCCCUGACCACAACCAUCAGAGGCAGCCCACACCUAACCAGAACCCAAUCACGAUUAUAAAGCCUACAGUGCCUCCUCCACCUCAACAUAUAUCCUUCCAGUCCAGAGCUCUACAUAUUGACUUCUGAGAUGCACGGCAGGUGGCCAGUGUCAGAGUUCAGUUUGUGGUUUUUAAAGUGUUCACGAAUGUCAGGUAUGCUGUGUGGUGUCUGGUGGUGGAGGGGGACAGCUAUUGCUCUUCAUGCUUGGGAGGUGGUGCUUGGGGUGCUAUCGAUUGAACUGGGUCUAGCGCUGGUCCUCAGCCUGAAGACUACUGACCAUCAUGUUGAUCCUCGUCCUGGUCCCAAUGUUGGCCGAAGGAGGUCGAGUCCAGGUCUGGGUCACCAGGUCUGGGUCACCUACAUAUUUCAGACACUGAGAGAUUUUGUUAGAGGGCCCUGUCCCUCAGGUUUGUUUCAGGUAGCCAAUCUGAAAAUGCUUUCCAAUCACCCUUAAAUAACUCAUGCCCUUAAAUAACUGAUGCUUUUUCUGUUCUUUCUUAGUCAUUAUCUCAUGUUUUUCUUGACUUGCUUUUCCCCUCUAUAUCAGUUUUUCCUUUAACUGUUUCAUCUGUCUUCAGCUACACAGAACAUGUAUUUACAAUUUGGAGCAUCCAUAUAUGGACAGAGGUCUGGACCUCUAUUAAUGUCAUUAAUUUUGCUCGAAUUCAGUUUAUAGGGGAGAUUCAGGUUUCCCAGGGACUUUAACUCAAACCCAGGGACUCUAAACCCGACUGUAAUCACAGCUUUAUCCUUCAGCACUGAGUCCGUUGUUAAGUCAGCCGACUAUACUGAAAACAUUUCUUAAGCUUUUCUAUUUGGUUCAGGCUAAAAGUACCAUUUUCUGGAAACCCAUUUUCUCUCUACAAUUGUAAUUGUGCACACAAUAAGGAACCCUUAGCAGUUUAAACAAAGAGAUAUUGUCUUCUGCCUGAAAAAUAUAUUGGUCAUAUAUUUAAACUCAUAAGCACAACACAGAGAUGCUCCAACACAUUUUCUAGCUUAAAGUAUUUUAUACAUAAAUAAUAAUAUUCUAAUAUACCUAACUAUUAUAAUUUCACAGGGGUUAUACAAAGUUUAGUUUAAUUUUUUUCCAAUCAUUGUACUUUUUAUUUUAAUGAGAAUUGUUUCAGUUGGUAUUCGUUUUGUUUUUUGUUGACUGUAAUAACACUGGUGCAAAUAAAUCUAAAGUUUCACAUAGAAGAUCAAGGAAUGCAAUACCACAACAUAUUUAAUGAUCAUUGUAGUGGCUUUCCAUUAAAGCCAGAGGUGAAUUGGGUUUGAAGAGUGAGCAAGUAAUUGAUUCAUGUAAAUAAAGAAA